AUGAAGUUCAACGCCUCACCUUUAGCUGUCUGCGCCGUCGUCGGCGGGCUUUGCGAACUCAGCAAUUCAGUACAUGCUUCGACAAUGGGACUAUCUAGCAAUAACAUCGCGAGAAGAUCGCCUCAAGACGCCCCCAAACCGGAUGCUCCUGUCGGAGUCAAUACUGGGUCCGACAGUCCUACGGAGGACGUCAAGGAUGCGAGUUCCACUCAAUAUAGCAACUACACAUCGUACACAGAUCAAUCCGAUCAUUAUGCCAAUGGCACGCAAAAGUCCAAUACCCCAACUGUCCCUAAGAAGGUCGAUGCCUCGGGCGAUUAUUCUGCUUACUAUCCACCACCCCCAUCGCUCAGUCUUCCUCCCUUCAGCGGUAUCCCAUAUCCCCUUCCUCUUACGGGUGUCAAGAAACAUUGUCCGCCUCAAAAGAAAGACGAUGGGAUGACUGUUGCUCUUCCGUCAGAUCUUUACACGGGGAAGAUCAGCAAAUGUGGUCAAAAAGUAGUGGUCGUCUUCGAAGACCUUGCGGGUCAAAAGUGGUCCGGACCGAAGAACAACUUAACCUUGACGGUUAUUGAUGCCUUUGAUCGCAACGACCGAACUGAAGUGGGACGAACUGUACUCUUGAGUGAGAAAGCCUGGAAAGAAGCCACUGGAAACUCUAUCAUCAACAAAUUCGAAUCAUGGCCGGUGCGGUGGUUCUUUCUGGAUGCGGCUAUGCAGCAGGAUACUGCAGAUGGAACUCAUGAGAAUGCAGAUGGAGAAAGUGAUGGGGGUUCUGGAAACUCUACUACUUAUUACCAAGCCUCUGACGCAAACAGCACCACUCCUUCCAGCAACUCUCAAAAUGGUACAAAGACCGAUCAAAAUACACAGUCAUCCAAUGAUUCCUCAAAUGCCCGACCACCACCUGAGAAGGACUUUGACCCUACAAAGGCUCCGAGUCCCACUCAUGAUAAACGUAACUUGAUUUCUCGUCGGAGUAGCAAGUCACAGGCUCAAAGAUUAGCAUUGUAG